AUGAAUGCCGAACGAGCCGCUGCAGGUGUAAUUGACCUCAUUAGUUCUAAUAAGUUGUCCGAAGCGCAGGUGGCAUUAGAAAAUGCACUCCUCAAGUACCCAAAGAACAACAACGUAGAGGUGGCUGAAGCAUGCCUCUUACUUCAGAAUGGUCAGGUUUCCAUCGCGAAAGAAAAAGCUGAAUUCCUCAGCACGCAGGGCAUCACAAAUCCCACCGCUAUCAACGCCCUAAUAAACACUCUACAACGGUGCUGUGCGUGGAAGGCUCUUGUUACAAUAUUUGAGCGCAAUCCAGCGGCUCAAACGGACAAGAAAACCUUGGAGUCUUUGGCCCUAACGUACGUGCGGAUGCGGGACUACGCCAAAGUGCAGGAAAUCGCUACCCAGCUCUACCGUAGAUUCAACGAGGCGAAGCACCAAGUGUGGCUUGUUCAGGCCUGUCUUGGGCAGGUCCCACGCGGCAGCAAAGACCACCUUGCCCUCCGGCUCGCCACGAAGCUGCUCGAGGCGGCGGUCUUGACGGAGAAAGGCGUCAUCGUCCCGACGACCGUGCAAACCUACGUCGAUGCAUUGAUUCAACAAAUGCGGUACGACGACGCAGUUGGCUUUCUUUGCAGUAAACUUGGCGCGCGGAUUGGGGUGCUCGAGACGCGUUUAGAAGUCCUGGCGAAGGUUCUGAAAAGUCAAGGGCAUCUUGCCAAAGCGAACGCCGUAGCCAAAUUUCUUUGGAAGCGACGACCAGAAAACUGGACCUCAUUCGAGGCCUAUGUGAACACCCUCAGCGAUGCCAAAGCGGAGGUGUCUGAAGAGCGGCUGAUUUUAGAGAAUCAACAAUCUGGUCAGGUGAUCACUAUUGAUUACGCAACAAAAGAUAACAGGCUGGAGGAUGCAUUGCGAUUGGCAAAAGAACUCCAGGCAGAAAAGAGUGGCCAGGACGGUCAAAAGCUGGAGCGGGGACCCUUUCUUGCAGAACUCUCACUUUUGGGGCGUCUGGAUGCUACCGCUCUUCAGACGGCAGUUCUGACUUACGCACAGAGGUUUUACCACAACCCAUCCUGCUUCCUGGACCUUUCGACAUUUUUGACGAGUGAAUCGAGCUUGGCAAUCUACAAUUGGUCCAUCUGCGAAGAGACAGAGACUGAUGAUCGCGAUGAGGCUAGCCUGUUAAGGAGUCAUUACCGCCGUAUUUUGGGGAUACGUUGUCUUGUCUCAUCAUGGGGUCUCACAUCCGAGUCUCAGCCCACUAUUGAAGAGAUGCAGACACUAAUAAAGUCCUGCCUAUCGGCAUACAAUGACGCGAAGCCUCUAUCGACAUCACUCGCGUGGAGCGAGGAAGGCUUGUGUGAUGGAUAUAUCAGCGUUGCCCUCAAUAUCGCUCUGCGAGGAUACCUAAGCCAUGAAAAAGACCUUCAGUGGAUUGUUGACGGGCUUAAUAUGCUGAAACACGUGGAUCGUCGCAUGAACAACCCGGGAUGGCUUAUGAUUUCGGUGUGCUUUGCGCAAAUGUUGGGGCUAGUAGAUACGGCAGCACUUCACCAAUUGUCCUUUCGUAGUGUGCAACACGACACGAUGACCCAUAUAGGGUACUGGCCGUUGGUGCGGGGCUUAGAACUAAAAAAACUAGCUACCUGGGAAAGUAUGGCGAUGGAUUACUACUCACGGCUGGAACGCGACUGCAGUCAACUGCGUACUAACAUAUUUACAUACAUUUCGUGGCCUGCUAUACAGGACGUGCACGAAUUUGAGGAAAAUCAGGAAAACUCUUUGUCUCGUUGGCUCAUCAUUCCACACGAGUGUGUUUCAAAGCUUAAGGAGUGCCAAACUCAAAAAAGUAUUUUUGAGCUUUUGUUAUCAAGGGGGCCGGAGCUAUGGAAUGCAUCUCAGAAACUCUACACAGAAAAAGUCGAUGUACUAACUGACAACACUGACUUGCUCGUGGUGAAAUCCGUUAUACUAGCUGAUAUCCAUUCCGAAGAGGCUCAACAACUGACCGAUAAGCUGGUGGGCAUGUCUACCUUUGAAUGUCGGCUGACGCGUGGUCUCCAAAUGUUGGAAAGCCUGUUGAUGCUACAUGACCUGGUGAGACUGGAGCGGCAUCGCCACGAGCUUACCACCGUCUCCAAGCCAAGAAAAUCGAACAAAAAGGCUCUUCAGAACAUAAAUAGCGCACAAAAAUCACAUCCACGGCUGUAUUGCCCUUCUCUUUUAGACCUUCGGAAAGCCAAAGAACAAUGGAAUGGUCGGCGAUUGGACUGCUUUCCAGCGAUCAAUACCAUUUCGGAAGGACUUCUGUCCUAUAUACUGUCCGACGGCACCGCAGUGGUGUCAUAUGAUGAUGCCUUUGGGGAUUAUCUUCAAGCACUCGUCUCAGAAGACAACUCUUCAGCGAACUUUGAGGAAUUUUUGUAUCCUGAAGCAUAUAUAUUGGUGUCUCUGGUGCGGACUGGGGAUCUAUCCAAAAUUCCUGUCAAGAAAUGGGCUGUCACCCUGCAACGGAUUUUGGAAACCGCUCUAAGCCGUUACGAGUCUGGUGUAUGGCCAACACUUGCAGCAAUAACAGUAGCGCCCGAUGAUCUAGUAGAAAAUUUACUCCAAGAAAAACUGAAGCGAGUGAAAAGGUACUUAAGCGAUUUGAUUGUGGAUGUGGCCGCGUCCACACGAAGAAAUUGA